AUGACUUCAACUGGCGUCGACCGGCCCACGCCGCCCAACUAUUCCUCUGACCAAGAGAAAACUACUGCCGUCCAGGGCGAGGCCAAAGACGGUACUCAACUCGAGCCAGUGACUUCCCACCGACUUUCGCUUUCUUCCGGAUCAAAGUACGACUCUACUCAUCGCCAACUCAAGUCCCGGCAUAUUCAGCUCAUUGGCAUUGGUGGUACCAUUGGCACCGCCCUUUAUGUUCAAAUCGGUAAGGGCCUUUUGAAUGGCGGCCCAGGCAGCUUGUUUAUUGCCUUCAGCUUUUGGUGCACGUUUGUUCUCGCAAUCACCUUGUGCAUGGCUGAGAUGGUUACCUACUUACCCAUUUCUUCACCCUUUAUCCGCUUCGCUGGUCGUUAUGUCGACGAGGCUUUCGGAUUCGCCGCUGGUUGGAACUUUUUCGUCUUAGAGGCUGCACUGGUGCCGUUUGAAGUUGUUGCCUGCAAUUUCAUCCUGCAUUUCUGGACUGAUGCUAUACCGACUGCGGCCGUCAUUGUCAUUGUUAUUGUCCUAUAUGCCCUGAUCAAUCUCCUAGCUGUCAAGUGGUAUGGAGAGUCGGAAUUUUGGGCUGCCAUUGGUAAGGUUUUACUCAUCGUAGGACUCAUCAUCUUCACAUUCAUUGUCAUGGUUGGAGGCAACCCGCUGGGAGAUCGAUUCGGAUUCCGGUUUUGGAAAGAACCCGGCGCAUUUGCUGCCUUGUACUACGAAGGAUCUCUCGGUCAAUGGCUUGGUUUCUUGCAGUGUCUGAUUCAAGCGGCCUUCACGAUUGCCGGGCCAGAUUACGUUUCAAUGGCAGCUGGUGAAGCCGAGAAUCCUAGAAAAGUCAUGCCGCGUGCUUACAAUGCCGUGUUUUAUCGACUCACAGCUUUUUUUGUUCUGGGAUCGCUGUGCGUUGGCAUUCUUGUGCCUUACAACGACAAGGAGCUGAUUGCCGCUUUCAAAAGCUCUGCUCCUGGCGCAGCUGGCUCACCCUACGUCGUUGCGAUGAAUCGCCUGGGCAUCAAAGUAUUGCCUCACAUUGUCAACGCCAUGGUGUUGACUGCUGCCUUUUCCGCGGGCAACUCCUACGUUUACUGUGCAUCCCGAUCUCUAUACGGGCUAGCUCUGGAAGGCAAGGCACCCAAGUUCAUGACGACGUGCACGAAGAAAGGCGUCCCUAUUUACUGCGUCGGUUUUGUGCUGCUACUUGCGCUUCUCGCCUUCCUACAGUUGUCUUCAAACGCAGCCGUGGUCCUAAACUGGCUCGUUUCGCUUGUGACAGCCUCGCAACUUCUCAAUUUUAGCUGUGUAUGCAUCUCAUACUUGUGCUUCUACCGUGCUCUCAAAGUGCAAGGGAUUAGCCGCGACUCUCUGCCAUACAAGGCCUGGUUUAUGCCUUACGGUGCGUAUUACGCCUUGACAGCCACGACCAUUAUGGUUUUUGUUGGCGGUUACUCUGUUUUCCUGCCUGGACAAUGGAGCAUUCCGGACUUUCUAUUCUCAUACACAAUGCUUGCUGUCUUCCCAAUUCUUUACUUUGGGUACAAGUUCAUCCGCGGGACCAAAAUCAUCAGGCCAGAGGAUGUUGACCUUGUGAAGGACCUUGAUGUCAUUGAGGAGUAUGAGCGCAAUUAUAUUCCCAAGCCACCAGCCAACCGAUUUGAAAAGGUGUUGGACUUGUUGUUUGGAUAA